AUGGCUAAAGAGUGUAAAGGGUUGCCUCUUGCUUUAAUUGUGGUAGGAAGUGCCAUGGCUGGUGUGAAUAGCGUUAAAGCAUGGGAAUGCACAAAAAAUAACUUAACAAGUUCUUCAUGGACUACUCCAAAUUUGGAGAUGAAGGUGUUUUCUAUCCUUAAAUUGAGCUAUGAUCAAUUCCAGAUGAUGGUCACAGAAAGUGUUUCUUGGGAGGGAUUUCUAUGUGCAAAUAAGACAAAAAGCAUUGGGGACAUUCGCGCUGAUGGCAAGUCUGUGAUUGGAAAGUUAAAAUUUUGCUGCUUGUUGGAGAGUGUUGAAGAUGACAUUGUUAUGAGGCGUUCAGUAAAGAUGCAUGAUAUCAUCCGAGGGAUGGCACUAUGGUUAGCAUGUGCUCAAGAUAAGAAAAUGAAGAAGGUUCUAGUACAAGGAGAUGCAGUGGCAAUGUCCCGUGAUGAUGAUGUUGACCAAUGGAAAAUUGUUGAGAUGAUUUCAAUCAUGGGGGCUGGUGAAGAAUGGUCUGUACCAUCCGAGUGUCCCAAUCUCAUAACAUUUUUGGUCAGGGGAUGCAAGAUAAAUGGAUUGCAGAAUAUCAAAUACAUGAGCCAAUUAAAGUGCUUGGAAUUGAAUGUUUGGGAGAUAGAUGAUCCUAUAGGAAUUUCUGAUUUGGUUCUUUUAGAAUACCUUUCUUUGACUUUAUAUGGACCCAAGGUUCCCAAGGAGCUGAAGAACUUGAAAAAUUUAAAACUACUUACUUUGUCCAUGACAGGAGCUAGCAUUGCAAGUAUUCCAUUGGAAGUGAUCUCAAGUCUUCAACAAUUAAGAGUCUUGAAAGUUUUUUGUUUUGAUGGUGUUGAAGGAGAUGGCAAAGAAGAGGGAGAAUUCCUAAAGGAGGUGGAAUCCCUACCAAAAAUUGAGGAACUAAAUGUUGACAUAUGUACAAAUAAUGGCCUCUCUAAACUUGUUGGCUCAACCAAACUGCAAGGUUGCCUAUCUGUUCUUCGUCUUUAG